AUGAAAGUCCCUAUCCUCGCGGCCGUGGGUGACGAGUCUCCACUCCCAUUUCUUGUCAGCCUAUUUGACCCUAAGACGAGCGUCAAGCUGCCGCCGUUGGACCUCGGGAGAAGCCCGCGGGAUACGGUCACCGAGAUACUGCACGCCUCCACCAGCAAGGAGCACGGCGUUGUGUUCCGGUUUGCAAUUGAGGUUGGUGUAAAGAAGAGGCAGAGAGAGGAGUUUGAAUGGCGAAAGAUGGAAGGAGACAAGGAGUACAGCACGCAUGAGGCAAGCAGUCGAUAUACAUUGCACCGUCUCUCGUCAAACCCCACAGCACCAUCAUCUUCAUCCUUUUCCCCGCUGGAUAACGCCCAGACAGUGGCUGAGCUCACAUUCCGCAACGUUUUAAACCUGAAGCAUACGUUUACGCUGGAGCUGAAAGGAGCUGGUAUCACAGGAGAGCUGGGCGACCGCUGGACGCUCAUGGUGGUUAUGACUUCCCUGGGUCUCCGCUGGCUGCGCCGGAAUGGCAGGACCAAGAAGGCGACUGUUGGAGCUGCGCAGAAAAUCCAUUCGAAACUUGCAGUGGAGCGUGGUGGUGCUGGACAGGAUGGCAUGGGUCCAGUCCCCUGA